AUUUUUGGAUGGUAAACGUGGAUACAACACAUACCUUGUUAACUUUCAUACAUGUAUGCCACCAAAUGCUGAACCACCAGCUGCUGCUAUAUGGAGUAUGGAUUGUGAGGCCACAUUGCAAAUCGGGUACCACCGGUUCGUUGCUCCUGAGGCAGCACAACAACCAUGCCAAGAAGCAACAGUGAAGGACGAUCGAGGGAACAGCUACUUUCAUGCUCGAAAUGUCCCUGCGUUCUGCACCGAGGAGAUGGAUCGCGAGCUCUUCCAGUGAGGAGUACCCAUUGGGGCGGGCUUCACCACCGCCGGGCAUGGCCGGGGCGCCACAUCUACGGGCCACGCAGCCGCCCCCGCGGAUCCUGGCCGAGCCGCUGCUGGGCUUGGUCGCGGCGCCUCCGCAGCCGCCCCCGCGGAUCCUGGCCAAGGCAUCGCCGCCGCGGAGCUUGGUCGCGGCGCCACUGCAUCCGACCCCGCGUAUCCUGGUCGAGGCGUCGCCGCCGCUGGGCUUGGUCGUGGCGCCUCCGCCGCCGCCCCCGCGGGUCCUGGCCGAGGCGUCGCUGCCGCGGAGCUUGGUCACGGCGCCUCCGCACCCGACCCCGCGUAUCCUGGCCGAGGCAUCGCCGCCGUGGUGCUUGGUCAUGGCGCCUCUGCAGCCACCCCCGCGGGUCCUGGCCGAGGCGUCGCCGCCGCGGGGCUUGGUCGCGGCACCUCCGCCAUGGGGCACUCAGCCGCUACCGCGGGGAUUAGGCGGAGGGGCACUUUUAUGUAUUAGAAUAAUCUUUUGUAAUAUACUAUACUAUUCGAGUUAUGUCCAGUUUCAGUUUGCUCACAAAGUGUUGUCUGUAUGGGCUUUGCAUUUGCUAAACUGUAAUAAGGUGAUGUGGCCUUAUCUUGAUGACCCUUUACCUCCUCUUGAAGACUGCUAAUAUGUUUUUCCAUUUCUUUCAUGUUUGACUGUGCCAGUUCCAGCAUCUUAUCAAGUUCUGAAGGCCUCUUCGCCUCCUGUGCAGCAUGCAAGCUUCUUUCAUCCUUCAGCUCUUCAAGUUUACGAAGCAUAUCUGCUGAUGAAUCCAAUUCAGCUUCAAUUUCUUUAAUCCUCUUUUUUGAGGUUUCAAGAUCAGAACCCAGCUCCUUCAGCGACUCUGUUGCUUCAGCCAGCUCCUUAUCUUUCAUAGAAAGAGAGCUUUGAGCUUCUUGUAGAGAACUGUAGUGCAUGCUCUGUUUGUUU